AUGGAAAAUGCACUGAGUUGGGUUCAAAAAAGGGGCCAAGGUAAAAAAGAUUCAUUAUAUGAAGCAUCUGAGUCAAAAAAGUUGGCUAAAAGGGGAAUUUCUCGACCAGCCAUGCUAGCAAACACUAUCCAAUCACAAAAUAUUAAUGUUUUCCCAAAGCAUUUAUUCUUUCUACUUGUUCAUGGACACUACAAGAUUCCAAAGCUUCUGGCAAGUGCAGAUGAGAUGUAUCUUCGUCGCUGUCUGGAAUCUGUGCACAAUAGUGCAUUGAAAGCUUCUCAACACAAUAAACCUGUGAGCUUAGAAACCAAAAACUUGUGGACUUCAGCAGAAAAGUUGAAUACAGUUAAAUUUAUUGGUGGAACAGAAUGUGGUGGUUCUGAUCAAUUAGUCUUAGCACAUUCUGUAGCUGAGAGUGUAGUUGAUAGUACUAUUGCUGCAGAGAAUUGGAAUUUAGGCACAGUAAUGGGGACUAAGAGUAUGAUCAAUAUAUUGAAUAGCCCUUUACUUCAGCAGUUUGGUGCUUCAGAAAGAAAUGAGAAUUUGAACAAUAUGAACUUCAGUGAUGCUAAAAAUACGAUGUGCUAUGAUUUUGUGGACUCUCCAAGUGGUUUUAGUAUCUCUUCUCACAGACUAGUAAUGGAAACACCAGUGGAGCAAAGCCAUAUGUAUGGUUCCAUUUCUGUUCAUAAAAGAACUACUACCAAGACUAACUCUGCUUGUUUUGAUUGGAUGUCUUCUGCCGUUUCUAAGCUGUCUCAAGGAAUGCUCCAGUGCACUUGGAAGCAAGGUGUUCCUCAUUUUGUUUUUUCUGUAGAUGAUCAGAAGGAGGUCUAUGUAGCCAAAUUGAGCAAGACAGACACAAUACAUGAUGAGGAUUUGGACUAUGUAUACCUAUUUCACUUGAACAAGGGCAGCCAAAAGGGCCACGAGAUUUCAGACUGUGAUUUGCAACUUGUUGGUAAGAUGAAUGUAUCAACAUGUCUCACUCUCUGCCCUGACAAUUUAAAUUUGAUGGAAACAAAGUUUAUAUUAUUUAGUAAUUGUAAAAUUUAUGACAAAGAAAUGUUCACUCCAAGCCAUUUUCACACGAAGAACAAGGCCAUGGCUAAGAAAGCAUCACAAGUGUUAAGAACUAGUCCAUCACCUAUACACAGAACACUCUCAAGGUUCAGUAGAUCAAAAACCGUAAGAGAAAGAUGUGCAUUGGAUCAACAAUCAUGUGUUCUAGAAAGGACCAAUUUAUUAGAAUCCAAUGUUCCACCAAAUUUUGAGUUGGCUGCCAUUGUGGUCAAAGACCAUCGACCCUCUCAUAGCUUAGACAAAGUAGGAGGUUGGGGUUUGAAAUUUCUAGACAAACCUGGUGUGAAUCCAACUACAUUGCCUUCUGAAAGUUGUAAUCGAAAUUCUGGGGCUUCUUCAUCUAGCACAAGCAUUAUCAUUCCAGCAGGCUUUCAUGGUGGACCUAGAACCAGACAUAAUGGUCCAUCUAGUCUCAUAGAUAGAUGGAAAUCUGGCGGGCGGUGUGACUGUGGUGGUUGGGACGAGGGAUGUCCUCUAACAGUACUUCAGAGAAGAUCCAGCAAUGAGGAGCUUCUGUCUCAUGUUGAUAUGCAAGGAGAAUGCAAGUCAAUUGAAUUAGUUACUCAGGUAUGCUAA